GGCACGGGCUGUCCUGCCACCAGCAGAGCCGAAGGGCCUCUGGGAAGGGCAGGCGGAGGGGCCAGUGCUGGCCUCCUCUUGCUGCCCCUCCACUUCACUUUGCUGCCCCGACUGGCUCCAAACCUCCAAGCCUGGGUUUACGGGCGUUUAGUCGCAAUUCUUGAGGCAAAGACGGGAUGGUGUCUGUGAGGGGGCUUGGUCAGCCACUUGAACAGCAGGGAGAUAAAUCUCCUUAUGACCAAAGGAGAAAGUGAAACAAAACAGUGCAGAAGCCAGAGCUCCAGGGGAGAAAGAAAAUGGAAGAGAAUCCAAGCGUGCAUCUGUCUGGAGCUGGGCCAGCCCCAGAUGAGGUGGAGAGCACAGCAGAGCAUCCUGUGCACCAAGAGGCCACCCAAGAAACACUUGAGCACCAAGCGACAAGCAGGUGGCCUGAGACCUCCGGCAAACCAGAGGAGGACUCUAUGGUGUGUAAAUCACCCACUGCCGAUGGAGGAGAGAUGACACUGUUGGAUUCAGCUGGCCCCACAGUAGAGGAGAAGGUUCCCCAGGAAACUGAAGUAUCACUGGAAGAAUCUGAGAAGACAAGAGAUGGUGUCUCAGAAAGAUCCCAGGAAGAAGACGAGUUGGAUGAAGCCAGGCUGGCCCAUGAUAAAAUGGACAGCAAAGGAGACAGCCCUGUCCACCAGGAAACACGGGAGGACCAGGAAACAAGCAAGCAAUGUGAAAGCUCCUACACAGCAGAGGAAGAUGCUUCAUCAAGAAGCAAGUCACUGAGCUCUGACAGUAAAAUGACACAUUCAGAUGUGACUGCCACAGAAGAUGUCACCAAGGGCCUCUUGGCAGAGAAGAGCACCAGUGCCCCUCUCCUAGAUUGGGAGCUAGAAGAGCACAUAGAGCAAGAAGCACAGGACAGCGGAUCCCAAGGCACAUUAAGGAACAGACAUGGGACCAAAGGGCACACAGCCCCAAAGCCAGAGGCUCAGUCCUGCUUGCAGAACAUCACCACCCAAAACACAGACCAGGAGAAGGCCAAAGAGUCCCUUUUGCUGAAAGGCCUUGUUGUCGUGAGCGUUGUAUUGUUCGGCUUCUGCAUAUUCUGCUUUGGCAACCCAACCUCCAAGGCCCAGCAAGCCCCCGAGAACCCCACGGUGGAGGCCUUUCUGUCCCAGUUCAACCAGCUGCAGGACAGGUUUCCGGGACAGAGUCCCCACCUGUGGCUUCGUGGUCGCAAGUUCCUGCAGAAGCACCUCAAUGUGUCCCACCACACACAGCCAGCCAUCAUCAUCUUCACGGCUGCCCGCAAGGGUGAGCGGACCUUGCGAUGUCUUAGUGCCCAUGUGGCUGACACCUACUCGGCCGCCCUGCAUGCCAGCACGGUCCAGAUCGAUGGCACGGAUAAAUCCAGGCUCCAGAGUGACCAGGCCAAGCUAGAGGUGGACUCAGAGCUGAGCUCAGCUUUCCAGGCUGGGGACCGUGCUGCGGUGAUACACCGCUUCGAGUUGCUGCCGGCAGGGGCCACCCUCAUCUUCUACAAAUACUGUGACCAUGAAAGUGCUGCUUUCAAGGAUGUGGCCCUGCUGCUGACCGUGCUGCUGGAGGAGGAGACGCUGGAGACCCACAUCAGCCUCCAGCAGGUGGAAGAGAGGGUCCGCGACUUCCUCUGGGCCAAGUUCACCAACACCACGACCCCCAGCUCCUACGACCACAUGGACUCUGACAAGCUGAGUGGGCUGUGGAGCCGCAUCUCCCACCUGGUCCUACCGAUCCACCCAGUGCAGACCAUCGAGAAGGGAGGCUGCCAUGUCCACACCAAACCCUAGGGGCAAAGGCUGCCAGAGCCCCAGGAAAGGUUGGAGAGAUGGUCCUGGCUGACUCUGGUGCAGGUGGAGGCAUAACCAGUGCUAUUUCUCUUCAGUUUGUUUCCCGUACCUUCCUGGGAAGAGUUGGACAGGUACAAGUUGAUCCAGGCCAUUUGGCCAGCUGAGUCCUGGAGGAGAUAGAUCACACACAUCCUUCUGGCAGAUGGGAAGAGUGGAUUUUAGACUGCUAAUUGCACAGAACACCACUGUGUGGGGAGGCAGGAGGGAAAACAGGACUUUGCAGAUAGCGUUUCUACCAGGAAAUAUACAAAUAAUGUACACUAUUAUGCCAGAAAGAAACUGCAAUUCAGUAGCUCUUUCAUUUCUUCCUGCCCCUGAGUUUGCUACUGUCAUGUACAUCAAUCUCACAAUGUACUUUAUCUAGAAGGUUUCUCUCUCUUUGCAGAGGGCUGCUGGAACACAGGAAGGUCAAAAUCCCCAAAGCCCAAUAUUUUGAAGGCAUGCUUCAAAAAGAAAACCAGUUUGCUAGUCAAGGGUUUGACUAGCCAGUCCUGAUAGAGUCCCACUUGCACAGACUGAAUGACACCCAGCAAAGACCAGAUCCUAAAUAUAGGAUGUUCAAACAAACCUGCAAUUCAGAAAUCCCCUAAACAUCAACUACAAGAAAUUUCAGGUUGUCAGCACUUAAACACUACACUAAAGGUGGGGGAUCCCAUGAGGGGAUCCCGUAUGCCAGAGAAUAAGCUCCGAAGAGAGAGAGCAAUGAAACAGAAACCACCUUACUGUUGCUGCGAUAGUGUGAAGCCUCAAGGGAUUGCACAGGUGAAAGAAUGAGUAAUACAGUUUAACUUAAUGCUACCUCUUUAAAAAAGUAAACUUUUAAAACUCUUGAUCCCUUUGCCACCACAAGGCAAUGACUAUUCUUUGGGCUGAUGCAUCAGCUUUGGUCCUACACAACAGAUUGCUCUUCACCAGGAUCUCUGAUCUGUGUGUAGGGCAGGAAGCCAUCUGCCUGCCUCUCCCCAGCUAACUUCUAUUGAUGAAUGUAGAUGUUAACAUUGGUAUUUAUUUCAAACCAUGUAGGGUAGCACGUCAGGUCCUUGCCCUCCAAAGAUACAUUUGCCUCCCUGCCAGGCAGCUGGUGCUCUGGCAUAUGCUAAAGCAACUAGGAGCAGAGGUGGGGUUAGCUGGUAAAGACAAAAUCUCUGGCGUUAAUGCUAAAAAUCCUCAACAAAGCAGGUCGGUUUCUUACUGUGCCUCCUCUUCUGCAUACUAGGAAGAGAAAUCCGAGUCCUGGAAACACUGUGGUGCCCCUGCACACUGCGUUUCUGCAGACGCUCUGAGGCAGAGCAGCCAACUUGGGGAACAUCUGGGGGGUAGGUGCAGGUUACAGCAUUUAUAAUAACCCAACAGUCAGCCCCAGGUGUCAGCCCCUUGUGCCUACAGUGCUGCCUGCCGGAGAAGGAGCAGCUGUAGCAGAGCACGGCUUAUUUCCAUAUAAGCAGCACAGACUGGGGCCUUGCAGAGCCAGGCUCUGUAUUUGAACAAGACACAAACUGAGAACACUACGGUGUUUUUACAAGCAGCGCAUCUGAGUGCUCCUUACAGCAACUGGACCCUGGCGUUGGCCGGGUCACCUGCCAACAGUGCCUUGCUGAUCUGCCCCACCAAUGGCUCAGCUGAGGCACAGCCCUGAACCCUAAAACCACAGCCUGUCUCUUCUUUCUUCCCGCCGCAUGCCUUGACCUGUGUCCUGGUUUCGGCAGGGAUAGAGUUAAUUUCCU